GAGACGGGGGCAGAGCUGCUCGCUUGCGGACUGCACGGCGCCGCUGAGAAACCAGACGGAGAAGCAACGCGGAACCGUCUCAAACCCGCUCACAGGCGAGGUGGAAAGAGCGAGACACUGAGUUCGCUGUUCGUUUAGGAUCUGCGGGAGGACGGCGGGGCGGCCCGGGCUUUCCUCGCUCUUGCGCGGGUUUCCCUACGCGCCUGGGGCCGGAACUCGUCCGCGCGGAACCUUUCUUCCCGCCCCCGGGUGCCGCGGCCCGCCCGGCGGGAAAUGCGUCAGGGACCGCGCCGCGCCACCGCCCCCCGGCCUCCGUCGCCCCGGUAACGCGCGGAGGGCCGGGGCCUCACCAUGAUCCUGCGGGUGGCGCCGGCCGCGUGGGCCCGGGGCUGGGGCGCGGGUUGCCGCCGCGGCGCCGCGGACUUCCCGCUGCCCCCGCCGCGCGCCGUGGACGUGGCGGAGCUGCUGCGAGACGCCACGGCCGCGGAGGAAGAGCCGCGGGAGGCAGCGACGCGGCGGCCGCCGGGCCAGUGCUCGGUGCUGCUCUUCCCGGGCCAGGGCAGCCAGGUGGUGGGCAUGGGCCGGGGGCUGCUCCGCUACCCGCGCGUCCGCGAGCUCUACGCCGCCGCCCGCAGCGUGCUGGGCUACGACCUGCUGGAGCUGAGCCUGCACGGGCCGCAGGAGGCCCUGGACCGCACGGCGCACUGCCAGCCCGCCGUCUUCGUGGCCUCGCUGGCCGCCGUGGAGAAGCUGCAUCACCUGCAGCCCGCGGUGAUUGAGAACUGUGUUGCUGCUGCUGGAUUCAGUGUGGGAGAAUUCGCAGCCCUAGUGUUUGCUGGAGCCAUGGAGUUUUCUGAAGGUUUGUAUGCAGUGAAAGUCCGAGCUGAGGCCAUGCAGGAAGCGUCGGAAGCUGUCCCCAGUGGGAUGUUGUCUGUCCUCGGCCAGCCUCGGUCCAAGUUCAACAUUGCGUGUUUGGAAGCCCAGGAGCACUGCAAGACUUUGGGCAUAGAGAACCCUGUGUGCGAGGUGGCCAACUACCUCUUUCCUGAUUGCAGGGUGAUCUCAGGACACCUGGAGGCGCUGCAGUUCCUGCGGGAGAAUUCCUCCAAGUAUCACUUCAGGCGCACCAAGAUGCUGCCCGUUAGCGGGGGCUUCCAUACCCGCCUCAUGGAGCCGGCCUUGGAGCCCCUCGAACAAGUUCUAAAGUUGAUUGGUGUCAGGAAGCCUCUGGUGUCCGUCCACUCAAACGUCGACGGGAACAGAUACAUGCACCCCAGACACAUCCAGAAGCUGCUGGUGCGGCAGGUGGUCUCCCCGGUGAAGUGGGAGCAGACGAUGCAUGCCAUUUACGAGAGGAAGAGGGGCACGGAGUUCCCCCAGACUUUCGAGGUAGGGCCUGGGAAGCAGCUGGGAGCCGUCCUGAAGAGCUGCAACCUGCAGGCCUGGAGGUCGUACCGGCACGUGGAGGUGCUGGAGGAUGACGAGACCUAGACCAGGCCCCCCGCCCCCACGGUGGGAGCUCCUGGUGCGUGGGGUGGCAGGGGCACAGCUUAGGAGGGAGAAGGGGACCCAGUUGGCGCUGCAGCGGGCCUGGACCUGCCCCGUCUGUCCCUAGGCCUCCUUGUCCAAAUGACUGAGAGGCCCUGUUUGCAAAGUGCUUUGAAGGCCACAUAAAAAGCCGGAAAGCAAGUAUUUCUUGACCUGCCGAGGUCUGUUUCUUCCCCUGAGAUGUGUUCCAGGGUUGGGGGGAAGCCGCAGCAGGGUCAGAAGAGUUCCAGGGACCCCGGAGGCAGACCUCAUACCUCUGGGCUCCUUUGUAAAACAGGCUGAGACCACCUGGCCCGUAGGUGUGCUCAGGAGGCCGGGAAGGCUCAGCCUGUGGCCUGUCGCGCCCUGCCCCACGAGCCCAUGCGCCCCCACAGCCGGAAUCUCAGCCUUUUCGUCACUGAGAGCAAAGGGCUUCCAGAUGUAGCUGGCCUUGGUGGCCAUUCUGUCCACCCCACACUGUAUCGCUGGGAGACUCCGUCCUGCACUGGUUUAUCUUCUCAACAGCCAGUACUGAGCGCCUGCCGGCUACCUGUGAGGGAGCGACCUCCCCCUUGGGGGGAAGAGGUCUUUAGCCAGGUAGGAAGGGCUUCAGGAGGCCGGCUGAGGGCCCUGUUUCCCUGCAGGCGGUGAUCGCUAAGGGUCUGCUCCGUGCCUGUGACCUUCCAUGGCACAGCCACACCCCGGGAGUCGACGAAGGUUCUGGACAUGUGCGGCUCCGCUGAUAACAAGGAGAAGUCACGUUCUGGACAUCUCAGUGGCUUUUUCACCCGUCAGCAAUAGUGGGAAACUCGU